GAUUUUCAGUCAUAUUUCACACUGACAUCGCCAGGGCACUCACACGCCGCUGGAAGUCCGUGGUAUGGUCUUUCCAGCCGAAUAACGCGGGGAUUUAAAUCGGAAGAGAAGCAGCGCGAAUUUGAUUUACUGUCCAAGAUGAUGGAAAGGCAGAGCUCAUAGUUUUACUCGAUUUGGAAUCGACUGGAUCUCGUCCAGUGUGCGAAGGGGAGGUUACUUUUCCCAGCAUCAACUAGCUGUAGCUGGCUGGCUAACAUUACUAUACGGACCUUCUCGGCAUUUUUCCCCAGAGGAAGAGAGCGCCGACACAAAAAUAAUCAUUUUAUUAGCUAGAAAACUGCCCGACUCCCAUUUUUUUUAGAAUGGCAGAAACUUAGCAAAGGUUUACGGGAACUUGCUAGCAAACUUGUGUCAGAUGUUAUUAGCUCGCUAGCGUAACGUUAGCUACGAUCAAAUUAGUGCUAAUGUUAUUAAUGGUGCAAACAAGAAAAUAGAAUAACAAAACCAGUCGCGCAAACGUUGAAUAGCUUACUGCGAAUAUAUACGAACACUUUCCUUUAUUUCUGGACAUGGUAUCCUAGCCAGUUGACUAACUACGUUAGCUGGUUAGUUUUUCUGGAAAGGUUGCGUGACUGAUUAUUAGCUGGCUAGCUGGAUACGUUUUGUCGCUAGCUUUAAGUUAGCCUACAAGAAGAGCCGAGCAGAGACGUUAAUGUGCUGAUGAUUUAUGCGUGUGAAUGUUCGCUAACGUUAGCUAAUGAAGUGGAUUGGAUGCUGAAUGAGGGAUGAGUUUACUGAAGUAGCUUGCCUGCAAGCUAGCUAGGCAACUGUCAGUUUCAUUUUCUAGCCAAGUCUGAGAAAGGAGUUAGAUAGGUAAAGUCCUGUUGUGGGGUGUUUUGGUACCCUUAGCUGUCUAGUACGAGCAAGCGAAGUCACAAACUUUGGCUACCUAAGGUACUAGAAACUAACUAAACUAGCUGAGCGGUGAAACAGAAUGAGCUGGUUUCUGCCAUUUGGAUUUUAAGUAGAACAUCUAAUGUAUUUUUUUCUUUUUUAUAUACGGCGGUGAGCUUACUAGUUGGCUUAUGAUAUAUUGGUGUCUUAAGUUCGUGUUGUCUUUUUACCGUUAGAUUAGUUAGCUAAUCAUUAUAACAUGCUAGCUAGUUGAACAACGGCUAUUUUCUGACUUAAAAAGUGCUUCAGUGAGCUAGUUGCUACUUAAGGGAGGGACGCUGAAAGGAAAUGCCCAUUGCUGUAGCUGGUCAACCAACAACACAGGAGCCUCGUGUCUAUUCCCAGUGUCCCACUGUUCCAGAUAACGUUACUGUCCCGAAACGGAACACUCAAUGUGAGGACACGGGCUUUCUGUCUCAACAGCAGGCCGAUUACUGGGGCGCGGAGGGGGGCAGGGGAACGGACAGGCGCAGCCACACCGGCAGGCUUUCACUAGCACCCGUGUCGUUCUCUCCGUCGCAGUACCCUCCUACCCCCUCCCCCUUCACCUUCUCUUACAACCACCCGCAACCCCCGGCCAUGGAUCCCCCGAGGACUCGAUCGCGAUCGCGUUCUGGAUUCUACCAGUACAGCAUGAACAGUGGUGGUAACAGUAAUAACACAAACAACAAUAUUACCAACGGCGGAGUCAUCGGUAUCCAUCACCAACAGCACAACCCUGGACGCCUACCACUUGGAGCACAUAGUCCAACGGAGAACCAGCGUGACGUUACCCCAGGAAAUAACCUGUUAGUAGGAGCACAUCGACACACAGGCCCCGGAGCACACAGACACCUCGGAGCAGGUGGAAUUGGGGCCGCCUUCCACUACCAUCCGGACCAUGCCUUCGGUGAGGAGAGCGACAAGAGCGAGGACAGCCCGAGCCCCAAACGCCAGCGCCUCUCCCAGCACCCGGUUCUGGAGCUGACCCCGGCUCCCCCCUCCACCCCCUCGCCCCCCAUGCGCCCGUGGGAGCUGCCCCACAGCCGCCGCCCGCACCCCCUUGCCCACCCGCACUACCCCCCCGAGCGCUGCCACACCCCCGCACGCAACCGACGCAGCCCCCCAGUGAGGCGCCAGAGGGCCCGCCGAGACCGCCUGGCCCGCCACCACCUCGCCCACGGCUCCCCCGGCAGGGGGCAGGACGAGAACUACCGCCACCCGCCCCACCCGCACCCGAGCUACCCCUUCGGCCAGCCGCCCCCGCCCCCGGGGCUGGAGGAGCCCCGCGCCUUCCACCCCCCCACGCUGUCCCCCCGCCUGCUGCACCCCGCCGCACACCCCCAGCAGCAGAGCGCCAUGGUGAUGGACCUCCACGAGCAGCUGCAGCAGGGCACGGUGCCGGUGUCCUACACGGUCUCCCCGGUGCCCCCCCACGGCCUGCCGCCCCCCCUCUGCGCCGGGGGCCAGCUCCCGGGCUGCUCGUCCCAGCAGCAGGUCCCCGGCUGCUCGGUGGUGUUCAGCGGGCAGCACUACCCCGUGUGCAGUGUCCCGCCGCCGAUGCUGCAGGCCUGCUCCGUCCAGCACCUCCCCGUGCCCUACGCCUUCCCCUCCCUGCUGCCCGGCGAGCCGCCAUUCCUGCUCCACCCGCCCCACCACCUCUCGCACCACCCGCCCCACCACCUGCCCCCGCCCGGGCAGUUCGUGCCCUUCCAGGCGCAGCAGUCCCGAUCGCCGCUGCAGAGAAUCGAAAACGAGGUGGAGCUGCUGGGAGAGCACCUCUCGGUGGGCGGGGGGUUCAACUACGCCCACUCCGGCCACCCCGGCUCCCUGCCCACCUCCACCCAGCUCCAGUUCCUCUCGCACGACCCCCUGCCCCAGGAGCUCUUCGGAGUGCCGUACCCCCAGUUCAUGCCUCGGCGGAUCACGGGGCGACGGUACCGCUCCCAGCAGCCGCUCCCGCCCCCGCCGUACCACCCCAGCUUCCUGCCUUACUUCCUGUCGAUGCUUCCCGUGCAGCCGGCCGUGGGACCAACCAUCAGCCUGGAGCUGGACGUGGACGAUGGCGAGGUGGAGAACUACGAGGCGCUGCUGAAUCUCGCCGAGCGCCUCGGGGAGGCCAAGCCGCGGGGCCUGACCAAAGCCGACAUCGAGCAGCUUCCGUCCUACCGGUUCAACCCCAACAACCACCAGUCGGAGCAGACCCUGUGUGUAGUUUGUAUGUGUGACUUUGAGUCCCGUCAGCUUCUGCGCGUCCUGCCCUGCAAUCACGAGUUCCACGGGAAGUGUGUGGACAAGUGGCUCAAGGCCAACAGAACGUGUCCGAUCUGCCGGGCGGACGCAUCGGAGGUGCAGCGGGAUUCAGAGUGAGGGGGCGGAGCUCCACACCGCCCCCCUACCCCCAGCACGCCCAGACCCCCUUCUCCUCCUCCUCCUCCACAUCUUCAGCCCAUACCUCCUCUUCCUGUCUUCUGCCCCCCCCCCCCCCCCCGGGCCUUCCUCCUUUCUGUUGCUUUCAGUGCCGACCCUUCCCAGACAUACACACACACACACACUCGGGCACAGCACACACACACACACACACACACGCGCCCACACACACACAGGCGGGCAGGGUCCUACCUUUCCCGCUGCGUGUCCGCGUCUUAGAAUUUAGAAAGAAUUAUCGUGGUCUCCUCAGCUACAAAGCAACAACAGAAACCUUUCCGUGAUCGUUUUACUAACUGUGUGAUUGGAACUCCAAAGAUGAUUAUUCUUAUUAUUAUACAAGUAUUGAUCACUAUUAUGGUAUAAUUGAAUGUUUUCUUAAGGUGUUGUUCUUUUUUUAUAUAAAUUGCGUUAUUUUUUUUGUUUUAUUUGACUUUUUCUGUGGGUGCACUAACAUUCCCUGGUAUGUGAGAGCAUUAUAGUGUGUCUGUAUAUUUACCAUGAAGAUUGACUGUGAGCAUGUCAUUUUUUUCCGUAUGAAUAAAUAUAUGAAAUAUAUGGCAGAAGAAGAAAAAAAACAUAACAAAAAAAAAAAAAUGAACAAUGUUUUAUAAAUUGAGAAGUGCAAAUGAUAUCUAUAUAGCUAAUAAGAAUUGGGAAAUAUGGGGUAUCACAAUUAGCUUCAAUAUAGCAAUCUGUUUUAGACAAUUGAAAUACUGUGAGAUGUGAGGCUGUGUGCAGCGACUGUGUUACACGUACGUGCGUGCGGAUGAUUUUUCUUGUGAAUUGUACGUAGGGCUGGGUGAUGCACCGCAACGCUAAUUAUCGAAUGCAAUAACUGUCAUUGCCACCGUGUUUGUAUUGACCUUCUAAUAGUGUGUUCCUCUUUGAAUUGUACCUGGAGCAGUAGCAAGCAUCCAAACUUCAGAGGCCUCCUGAAAUGCCUUUGAGGGUGGAGGGUGGAGGGUGUGGGGUGGGGGUGGUGGGGGGACAUUACCACAGUUACGUCUUGGGUGUUGGUAAGAUGGCCAAUCAGCAGCAAGGUCGGACAGCUUCCGUGUGAUGAUGUAUUGUUUUCAACCGCGUAGAUACCGGAAGACCUCACUCCUGAUUGGCUGUCUUUUGUCUCCGUGGCGAUGAGCAUUACUGCAUUCGGUAAUAGUCGUUGCAGUGUAUCGCCCAGCCCUAAUUGUGUGUGAGUUGUGUGCGCGCGCGUGAGUAAGCGUGUGAGAUUGAGCGCCAUUGGUCACCUUUCUGUGUUAUUUAUGCAAUACUUGUUCAGUACACUGGUUUUUCUCUUCUCUGAGGCUUCCCUUCCGUAUAAGAUGUGCAGAGAUGGAAGAGGUUUCCCCCCCAUUUUAAAACAGCGCUGACCUCCCACUGUCCAAUGUCCCCCUCCCAGCGGCAAGUGGCCGAACAGCAUCAUUCCCUCACCCCCCCACCGCCCCCGCCACCCCCCGUCCCGUCCCGAACGCCCCGACCCUCAUUUGUACUGGUCGAGCCCCCAGUCACCCCCCAAGCCCCCCCCCCUCUUGUGACAUCUGAAGACCGCGGAUUGCGAUCGAGGGGGAGUGGCCUUGGCCGUCUGUCCUGUCGGCCCCGAGGCGCUCAGGCGCCGUCGUCCGGACAACACGCACCAACCGGUUAAUGACGCUUCUGCCUUCCGAAGCUUUGGAUUGGACUUGGGUGGGGGUAGGAUUUCGAAGGGCGGGGUUUGAAAAUAAGCCCCGCCCUCUUAUGGCCUGCAAUCAGGUGCCGCUCGCUGGGUUCAGCGCGUUUUUAAAAUGACAGGUUUUCCGUUCACUCCGCCCUCGGGCCUGGAGAGAGGGCGGCGAACAGUUAUGGAAAGAAGGGGGGGUCAGCAUUAGCUUUUCCGAGAAACGAACCACGUUUCCAGGGUACCGCUACAGCGCAUUCACGCUGCACAAGCUGGGAAUGUUUCUCUCUCGUUAUUUUGGUGGAAGUUCCGUUUUUUGACUCUUCUUCCGGACCUGACGUUUGGUUUUCUGGAGGCCAGGCUCAGCCAGCACGUCCUCCUGCCGCAGAAGCUGCCAUCGGGGCUGCGGAGAGCUCUCCUCUCUCUCUCUCUCUCUCGAGCCUGGCGCGCAAAACGCCGAGGUAUAUGUACGUAUUACUGUUCUUUUUUCCGCAAAGUGAUUACACUUUUUCGCUGCACUAAAGGGAAGCACAAAUUCUUCGAUAAUUGCUGCAACAGCCGCCAGCCAGCUGACACCGUCGCUUGCCCGGGCGACCGCCUGGAGUCCAUUUUGCCCCGUCAGCAUGGGACUUGUAGUUCUAAUUCCGCCACUGGGAGGAGGCCGGAGUAUCUCUCUCUCUCUUUCUCUCAGCGUUAUGCCCGCCAUUUUGUUUGGGUUUGGUAUUUUGACGUUCGCUCCAAUUAACGGUUCAGGGUUGAGGCUGCAGAAAUUUCCACACGGCGCCGAGCCUCGUUAGCCCUAUUCCUCACUUGCUUGAUCUCUCUCUUUGUGUCACAUUGUGUCAUUUCUCAUCCACCCCCCCUCCAUCCACCCCCAGUGAAUGCAUCUACCAACUCUCUCCACCCCACCUACGCCACUGACCUCCCGCUCUCCUCUGUCUCACUCAGAAUGUCAUUAGAAUAACCAAUUCAGAUAUGAACCCGCAGUGUCUUAAUACCAGUUGCCUUUUCUACACAAGUUCGUAGCUGAAAAACCGUCAGUAUCCUUUAUUCACUCCUCUCCCGUUGAAUGUACCCUCCGUCUUCACGUCUCUAGGGGUUAGACAGCCUGCGUGUUACUUUUUUUUUUUUUCCAUCAUCGUUGUGUUAUUGCAAUUAUAUAUAUAUUUUUUUUCUUUCUGCUUGGUACACUUGCAGUUACCUCAUUUUUAAUAUUUAUGUAUUUUCAUAAUUUUGCUUAACCAACAUUGAGAGCUUUUGGGUUUUUUUUUUUUUUUUUUUGUUUUAUUCUAUUAAAGUUACAAAACCAUCCUUUACCUGGACAUUGUAGUGUCAUAUGUAUUAUCUGUAACCAAAAUCAUUCGAAGGCUUGAUAUAAACUUUUUAACAAAAAAAAAGGAAAGAAAAAAAAAGUUUGUACGUUUUUAAUGAAACUCACUAGUAAUGCUUUACUAAGUAUAGCAAUGGAUUCAUUUUAUUCCCUGUGCCCAAUGUUUUUGGAUCUUAGAGGGUGGUUCAAUAAUAAAUGUAUAACGUACACUGAC